ACUCCGGUGCCAUAGAUGGCGCUGCGCCGGGAGGUCAGCCUCUCCUGCCGCAGGCCCGGUUUCCCUCCGCGGCGUCUGUUUACUCCGGGACCCAUGGGCGAGAGCAGUGGACGGAGUGGCGGUAGCGCCGGCGCUGGCGGCGGCCUCCGGGCCAAGGGGAUAAGCGAUGAGUACUUCGGGAGCGCGGCGGACUGGGAAGAACAGGAUGGCUCCAUGCACGAUGAAGACGAUGGGGACGGUGAAGAUGAUGCGGAGGUGCAGCAGGAAUGCCUGCAGAAGUUCUCCAGUCGAGAUUACAUAAUGGAGCCACCUAUUUUCAACACAUUGAAAAGAUAUUUCCAGGCCGGGGGCUCUCCAGAGCAUGUGAUCCAAAUGCUGUCUGAGAAUUACACGGCAGUAGCACAGACUGUAAAUCUGCUGGCAGAGUGGCUUAUCCAGACAGCAGGGGUGGAACCAUCACAUGUACAGGAAACUGUGGAGAACCAUUUGAAGAGUUUGCUCAUUAAGCACUUUGAUCCUCGGAAAGCCGAUUCCAUUUUCACAGAGGAGGGGGAGACACCAGCUUGGCUAGAACAAAUGAUUGCUCAUGUAACUUGGAGAGACCUCUUUUAUAAACUGGCAGAAGCUCACCCCGACUGCUUGAUGCUCAAUUUUACUGUUAAGCUAAUUUCAGACGCUGGAUACCAGGGUGAAAUAACCAGCGUGUCAACGGCCUGCCAGCAGCUCGAGGUCUUCUCCCGUGUUCUCCGCACCUCUCUUGCCACACUUGUUGAUGGGGGUGAAGAACAUUUGGAGAAAAACCUGCCUGAAUUUGCAAAAAUGGUAUGUCACGGGGAGCAUACAUACCUUUACGCUCAGUCUAUAAUGUCUGUGUUGGCUCAAGAAGAACAAGGUGGGGCAGCUGUCCGAAGAAUUGCACAGGAAGUUCAGAGAUAUGCACAUGAGAAAGGUCAUGAUGCCAGUCAGAUUACCCUGGCGUUAGGCACAGCUGCAUCCUACCCCCGAGCUUGUCAGGCACUGGGUGCCAUGCUGUCCAAAGGAGCUCUGAAUCCUGCUGAUAUCACAGUGUUAUAUAAAAUGUUCACCAGCAUGGAUCCACCGCCUGUAGAAUUGAUUAGAGUCCCGGCUUUCCUUGAUCUUUUUAUGCAAUCUCUCUUCAAACCGGGCUCCAAAAUCAAUCCCGAGCAUAAGCACAAGUACAUCUACAUCUUAGCUUAUGCAGCCAGUGUGGUGGAAUCGUGGAAAAAGAACAAAAGAUUUAACAUCAACAAAGAUGAGCUGAAAUCCACCUCAAAGGCAAUUGAGACCGUCCACAAUCUGUGCUGCAAUGAAAACAAAGGGGCUUCAGAGCUGGUUGCUGAGUUGGGAACGCUUUAUCAAUGUAUUCGGUUUCCGGUGGUGGCGAUGGGAGUGCUGAAAUGGGUUGAUUGGACUGUGUCUGAGUCCAGCUAUUUUCAGUUGCAGACGGACCAUACACCCGUUCACUUGGCCUUACUGGAUGAGAUCAGUACCUGCCACCAGCUUCUCCAUCCCCAGGUCCUGCAGCUGCUUGUUAAACUGUUUGAGACUGAACAUUCCCAGCUUGAUGUCAUGGAGCAGUUGGAGCUGAAGAAAACCCUGCUGGACAGGAUGGUUCACCUGCUGAGUCGUGGCUAUGUCCUGCCCGUGGUCAGCUAUAUGCGCAAGUGCCUGGAGAAGCUCAACACAGACAUCUCACUGAUCAGAUACUUUGUGACAGAGGUCCUGGAUGUCAUUGCCGCACCGUACACCUCAGAUUUCGUCCACCUUUUUCUCCCAAUUCUGGAGAACGACAGCAUUGUUGGCACAAUUAAAACUGAAGGGGAGUGUGAUGCUGUGGCAGAGUUUAUCGCACACUGCAAAUCCAACUUCAUCAUGAUGAACUAACACAAGGACCACAGGAGGAUGCGCAAGAUGAUUCUGAGAGAUAUGGGACAAGGUGGAACACCCUGUACGGUGAUGUGAAAUUGAUUGAAGAAUUAUGACCUGGAGCCAGCAGUAGCCGAAUAGAGGAAUAAUUAGUAGAUUUUGUAUUUUUUUACAUAAUUGAUGUCUAAGGUUAAACAUAUAUAGAAACUUUUUUCUGCAAACAAAUUGAGAAGUAAAUUGAGUUUGGAACUGAUGUAGUACAAAUAAAUAAUGGUGCUGCACUUUUA